UUGAGCGCGUAAACCGUAUCCCUUCAUUCAUCAGGCCGUUUCCUGAAGCCAUUUCUAGACGAGACGAGCGAGAGUUGCGCUACUUUUAAAUCCGUUGCAUCUGCCUAAAUGCACGUUCUUAAGGAAAAAUACUUUUUAAAAAUCGAUCAUUUAGACAUUCAUCUUCACUUCGGUGGGAUUAUUUGUGUCUCUGCCGCGACGGAUUAGCAGCUGUACGGGCUUUAAAGUUGAGACACAAGGAAGGGGUUACCCCGAAUACGCAAGAUGAGAAGAGGGAUCUCCUCGGCUCCGGACAAAGUGAUUUUAGCAGGGGUUGGGGGCUCCUCUCUGGAUAAUAUCAUUUUAACAACUGUCUCGGAUCGUUUAAACCCUGGUCAAUCCAAUACCACGUAUAUCCAAAUAAUAACCACCCCACCGCCUUGUAACGUUACACAGACAUCAAGUGUGUGUUUAUCCGAACCUCAAGUUAACAGCGUUUAUACAACUCCGCAACAAGCUGCUGCAAACGGAACCGGACAACGAGCCGUUCUGGGAAGACCGCCGGCAAAAAGGCGAUUGGCGCUUGAUGAUUCAGACCACCAGUACCAGUCAGAACCAGCCAAAACACCAAGAGGCAGAGGAGGAGCUGCUGCAGCAGCCAACGGGACACGAUUAAAGACACCCAGAACCCCCAAGUCUCCACAUGAGAAGACGCGAUACGACACUUCGUUGGGCCUGCUCACCAAGAAGUUUGUGGAUCUGCUUGCUCAGUCAUCUGAUGGUGUUUUGGACCUCAACCUUGCUGCCGAAACCUUACAGGUCCAAAAACGGCGGCUGUACGAUAUCACCAAUGUGUUAGAAGGUAUUCAUCUAAUCAAGAAGAAGUCAAAGAAUAACAUUCAGUGGAUGGGCUGCAGUCUGUUGGAGGUAGAGGGGGCUCUGAGCCAAAGGCAAAGCCUCACAGCCGAGGUUUCUGCGCUGGGCGAAGAAGAGCAAAGGCUUGAACAACUCAUCCAGAGAUGCAGCCUCGAUAUAAGACACAUGAGCGAAUUACCAGGAAACCAGAAAUAUGCUUAUAUAACGUACCAAGACAUCAAGCAGUUGGGGAGCCUGAAAGAACAGACUGUUAUUGUCGUCAAAGCGCCGACAGACACUAAACUGGAAGUGCCAGACCCUAAUGAGAGUCUGUCCAUCCACCUCAGCAGCACGAAGGGUCCUAUUGAAGUGCUUUUGUGCCCAGAUGAGGAGAAUGACAUGAGAAGUCCUGUUAAAAACGGCGACACUGACAUUAAUGGAAACUCUCCUUUCCUAAAAGUUGUGCAAGAUUCCAGCUGUACAACCUCAUCCCCUGGCACCUUCCUGUCUCCACCCGCAUCUUCCUCAGCCGUCUCCGUGACAACGCUGUCCCCCAUCUCGUCCCCGUACACCAGCCUCCUCCAGCAGACUGAAGACCAGGACCAUUCAUCCCAAGCUCCCUUCUUAAGCCUUGUGCCUCCCAUCCUGGAAGACGACUACCUGUUGGGCUUAGAAGAUGACCAGGGAAUCAGUGACUUGUUUGAUGCCUGUGACUUUGAUAAAAUUCCCUCACUUGGCCUGGAUGAUCUCCUGUGCAGCUAGCAGCAGCUACAAGAAGAUAGAGAUGAAACACAAGAGGGCUCUCAUGGUGUAUUUUUUUUUUUUUUCCCCCCCUUGCGUAUAUUUUUACUCCGAUGGCAGAAACAUGUAGGUAAAGGGAAUCGGUUCUCCGUACAAUGCAGCGUUUGUCAUUCGUUGUACAGAGAUAAUUUGAAGGAGUUCUGGUUGACUCGGUUGAGUUUAGCAUGGUGGGAUGAUCACACAAGUCCAUAUGCAGGAAAAAGGAACCAGGCAAUCGGUUUUCGUUUCAGUGCAAACAAUUUCAGGUUUAUUUUUAUAUGUGGGUGCACAAUGAAACCCCUGAUUUGUCAAUGCCGUCAAAAAAAUUUAAAAAUAGAUUUCAUUCUACUACACCAACGAUACUGUGUGUGAUUGAAGGCUAAUACUAUUUUAUUAUAAAUGUGGCACACUUUUGUGCAAAUGUAGAACAUUUUAGACUAGAACAUUUGAAAUUAUAAAAGGUAAGGGUCAGUGGGUAGUUUUGGGUCACCUGUGUAUGUUGCGAGCUGCGUGUCAGACUGUUGUGGUGCACAUGUGAAUAAUAGGUGCUCUUUAAUGCUCCUAAACAAGACAGGUUGACCGGAGUUGGUCGCGCGGUGAUCAAGUGGGACACUGCAAAUUAUAACUGUGCAAUGAUGUAUACAAGGCGAAUGUUUUGUGUUUUUUGAAAAUGCAGACCACCAUGAGGGGCUUAGCAAAAAAUUUUUAAAAAAAAGCACCUAAUGUACCUAAGUGUAUAAGCCCUAUGAGGACACAUGAUCUAUAAACCUAAUAACCAUCAGCAGUUUAUACUUUUUGAUCCGCUGUAAAUUCAAGAUUCAAACUGCUUCAGAUCAGGCGUGUCGCCUAAUGCCCAACAGUUACGCCCUGUGUUGAACAACAUCGAGUUUGAAGGAGUUACGGCUACUGUUCAGUGUGUCUGGAGGCAGUCCUGGGCAACCUUUUCUUUUUUUAGGUUCAAUAGUUUAGCAUUUUUAAAAGGUUUUAAUACUUAAGCAAAUGACUUACUGAUCCGCUGUGGAACAAAAGCACUGAAUGAAACUACAGUAUGUGAUCAUUUCUUCCAGACACACAAUUUUUUUAUAUUUACAACAAAUUCUAGUAACAUCUUAAACUGAGGUUCUGAAUAAAACCUUGUUAAAUAUAGAAGCUGCCUAAAUGUCAACCGCCUGGCUUUUAUCGGUCUCAGAUUAUCCUUCUGCUGCUAUUGUUGACCCCCAACCCCUCGACUUGACUAAUGUGUAACUGAGUGUAAAGCAUGAAUGAGUUGUCGGAUUAAGCCAGCUGUGUGUAAAUUCGUGUACAGUUUUCUAACUUUUUUGUCAAUGCACAAGGUACUGUAGGCUACCUCUCACUAAAUGUUAGACUAUAGUAGUAGAGCAUAGAGGUCUAUGCCAUAGUGUGUGAGGAUAUUUGAAUUCCCCAUUUGGUGUAGAGGUCGUAUAAAUCAGCAGUGAGGUUUUCCAACCUGAAAUGUUAAGACUGAAAAUACCAAUGCUUUUACAUCAGAUUCAUGACAUCCUAUUUUAAACUGAAGUCAACAGGGUGCACAUUUGAUGGGCAAAAACAAAAAAGACUUAUUGAAAUGGAUUUGUAGAUCAUUUUCAAAUUUACAAUAGAAAUUGCAGAAAAAACAUCAGAAAUUUGAGUCUUGAAAAGUUAAGAAUUUUGAAACAGAAAACUUAGAACCCUGUGUCUUACAGUUUUUAAUAUCAGGGAGAAAGAAAAUGCAGUUUUCACUUAUUACAGAGUGCCAAGAUCAGUUGACUCUGAGGUUAACCCUCGAUCUUAAUUUUUCUAGAAAAUCCAUUAUCUGAACUGGCUGGAAAAAAAGAGCUGAUUUGCCAACAUUAGCUUCAUUCCCAAUCCCUUAUAUUUAUAUCAUGUAUUUUUUAUUUUUUUUAAUGUAUUCAGAAAAUGUCCUUUCCCAGUUUGAUUCUUGAACCUCUACACCACACUCUAUUGGUGUAGGUAACCUAAUUCUGCAUUCAUUUCAGGCCACCAACUAUGUUCGUGACGGGAACCUUGUGUUUGGAAAUUCUGCACUUUUCAAUAGAUUUCAUAAGAAAUGUUAAGAUUUUAAAAGCACUGCUAAAGGAUAGUGUUUUGUACAACUAUCGGUGACUUACAACUGCAGCUUGUUUUUCUGUUGUAUGCUUCUGAUUUAUGAUUAGAUAUUGCAGAAAUAAUUAUGAUUAUUAUCGCAGCUGAAGUCCACACCAAAUGAAUUUCUGGCUGUUCUACGACUGUUCUUAAGCCUUUACCAAAUACAUACUUACACAUAAAUAUUCUGCAAAGAUUAUGUGUCAAAUUAAUUAUUAAGUAGGAAAAAUCUGAUGGUGAAAAUUACAAUAUCAUUGCUUGGUUUCACUAACCACAGAGAAAAGUAGUUGGCAGGUAUUUUUCAGUUUGAAUGCAUGAGUGACAGUGCUGUUGAAUGUUAAGUAAACUAAUUGGAUGUUUUUGAUGUGUGUUAUUGAGUUCUGUUUUCUACGUAAAGUGGGGAAUUUUGAGUUGUUUGCGGGCAGGUGGGUCGGGAGAGGGGGGUAAUUUGAUGCUUUUUUUGUACUCUGGAAAUUUGCAAUGGAAGAAAAAAAAUAAAGCAAUAUAAGCAAAUAA